AUGGCGCCCGAAUCAUUGACUGGUGCCCGCCAGACGCAGCCUGAAGCUAACACAUUCGAGAACGCGGCAAAUCUCUACGGAUGGCCCCAGGAGAAUGAACGGGGCUACCGUAUACAAGAACGGCCCUAUGGAUCAGAGCGACCCCUCAGAGUGAUUCACAUCGGAGCCGGGAUUUCGGGGAUAUGUAUGGCAAAGUUGUUACCAGAAACACUGAGCAACGUCUCCUUGGUCUGCUAUGACAAGAAUGACGAUAUUGGCGGCACCUGGCUCGAGAACAGGUAUCCUGGAUGUGCAUGCGAUAUACCAUCUGUGAAUUACCAGUUCACCUGGGCUCGAAAUCCGAAGUGGUCUCAAUUCUAUUCUCGGGCAGACGAGAUUUGGCAGUACUUGAAGGACACUGUAGAUGCGUAUGACUUGACGAAGUAUAUGAGACUUGAGCAUGAGGUGCGUGGAGCGCAAUGGGACGAAAAGGAGUCGGUUUGGAAGGUGUCGGUUGUCAAUUUGCGUACCAAGGAGGUCUUCACAGAUACUGCCGAAAUCCUGGUGAACAAUUCCGGUGUUCUGAACGAUUGGCAAUGGCCGAAGAUCGAAGGAUUGAAGACUUUUAAGGGCAAGAUCUGCCACACAGCACGCUGGGACAAUACGAUCAAUCUGAAUAAGGCAAAGGUUGCUGUGAUUGGGAUGGGCAGCAGCGGGAUUCAAGUCACUUCCGAGAUCGCCGACAAGGUUGAGCAUCUGUACACAUGGGUGCGAAGUCCAACGUGGAUAACGGCCGGCUUUGCGCAGAACUGGGCAGGCCCGAAUGGCGCAAACUUCGAAUACAGUAAAGAGCAACAGGACGCAUUCCGGCAGAACCCUUCAGCAUAUCUCGAGUACUGCAAGAAGAUCGAGAGUGAGCUCAACCAGAGGUUCAAGUUCAUCUUGGCUGGAACUCCAGAGGCCGCCGCGGCGAAGAAGUUUGCCACGGACCAAAUGUCUGCACGUCUGGGCGGAGAUGCCGAAUUAGUUGACAAGCUGAUACCGAAAACGUUCAACGUUGGCUGCAGACGUCCCACGCCGGGCAACGGAUUCCUCGAAGCACUCGUCAGGCCGAAUGUCACGGCGUUCACACAAGGCCUCAAAAAGAUCAUCCCGCGCGGUGUCGUGAAUGAAGACGGAACUGAGCACGAAGUGGACACUAUUGUUUGCGCCACUGGGUUCAACACGACGUGGGUGCCUCGAUUUCCCAUUGUCGCCCACGGCAAGAACGUCCAAGAUUUACUCGCUGGGCGGCCUCUGUCGUAUCUGUCCAUAGCAAUGCCGGACAUUCCCAACUACUGGAUGGGCGUUGGUCCCUACGGACCGUUGGGCCACGGCUCUUUCAUCCCUAUCAUCGAGCUGGUAACUCGCCAUAUCCUCAAAGUGGUAAAGAAGAUGCAGCGAGAGAACGUCCGUUCACUGGAGCCACGAAGAGAUGCGUGCGAAGCGUUCACCGAGCAUGCAGAUCUGUUCUUGAAACGCACUGCAUGGUCUGGCCAGUGCAGGAGUUGGUUUAAGCAAGGCAGACUAGACGGCGCCUUAUCGAUCUUUCCGGGGAGCAGAUUGGUUUACAUGGACUUACUGGCUGAGCCACGGUACGAAGACUAUAGGAUCUCGUAUGUUGGAGGCAACCAGUUUGGCUUCUUGGGGAAUGGCUUCAGCACAAAAGAAUUUGAUGGCAGCGACCUGGCGUACUACCUGGGGACAGAUGAUGCACCCGGUGCACUGCUUCCAGAAAACACCAACAGCACUGCGAAGCAGGUCGAUACGAAGGCCAACGGUGUGGCAGUCAGCACGACUGAAUUGCAGUCCGACGUGCUAGCCCACUGA